AUGAACGAUUUGUAUCACCGAGAACUCCUUGAUGAUUUUGGUAAAAUGUCUUUGGCUCUGACUACACAACAGCAUACUCGUCGGAAAACUAUUAAGUCUAAGGUGACUUGUUAUAAGUGUGGUGGUAUUGGCCAUAGACAGAAUGUUUGUCCUUCUCGUGGUGACGGUGAUUUUAAAUCUGCGCCAUCUAAACCUCCCUUUAAAUCAGGUGUCCAGGCAUUCUCUGUUAGAGAGUCCUGUGGCGAUGAGGCUUCAAACACUAACCAUAGAAGUGUAUUCUUUUUUGAUACCUGUGCACUUGUUCAUGCUACCAAUCAAAAAGACUUACUCCAUGAUUUUACCCCUGGUCGACCUGGUACAAUUACUGAAAUUAGGCCUAAUACUCCGUUAGAGGUCCUUGGUACUGGCACCUUGAAAUUUAGGUUACCUGAUGGUUCAAUACUUCCUGUUAACGAUGUGCGGUAUGUUCCUUCCUGUGCUCGUAAUUUAAUCUCUGCUGCAAUCUCCCGUCGGGCAGGCUUUCACGUGCUGCGCGAUGGUGUUUUUGACAAUAACUUGGGUAUUCAGAUUGCAGUCUAUACGACGCCAGAUAAGGGUGCACUUCUUAAGCUUUUAUUCCCAUGCUUACCUGCUAGAAAUGCAUCUUCUAAUACUACACUUGAUGAUAUCAAUCUUCUUGGUCAUCCUAAUCAAGCUGCUGAUGCUGUUAAAUCUGAAUCGAUGGACAGUCUUUGCGGUGCGUAUGGGAAAACGACUGGUUCUGUUCCGAAGGCUUUAGAUGUCUCUCGUGGUUCUGUCAAAGCUCCAUUAGAACUUGUCCAUUCUACUGUCUGUGGGCCGUUUUCUGAGCCAAGCUUAACUAAAGACUUGUAUUAUGUUGUCUUUGUUGACGAAUACACUCAUAUUAUGGCAACGUAUUCUAUGAAACAAAAAUCUGAUGUGUAUGAGUGUGCACGCUCCUAUUUUCUUCAAUGUGAAAGAUUCUUUCACGAUCGUGGUGGCUACAAACCAGUUACUUUUCGUACUGAUAACAGUAGUGAAUAUAUGUCAUCCAAGUUGCAGAGCUUUCUUAAAACUCAUGGAAUCGCUCAUCAAAAUUCUGCUACAUCCAGCACUUACCCGAAUGCUGUCAGUAAACGAGCCGUCCGUACCAUCAAAGAAAAGAGUCUUGCUAUGAUUCUUGACGCGUCUGUGCCUACAUGUUUUUGGGCUCACGUUGUUGCAUGUGCUGCUUAUCUCCUUAACCGUUUACCAUCGACUGCAAUCGGCUACCAAUUGCCCUAUGAACGGUGGUAUAAAAGUCUACCUAACCUAGAUCAUUUGCGCCCAUUUGGAUGCUUGGCGCAUGCCCGUAUUCGAGAACGGUUGAGAUCAUCAUCAUGGUCUCUUCGUACUAUUCGGGGUAUUAUGAUCGGUUAUACUCAGAACGAAAAUGAAUAUCGUAUAUUUGAUCUUGAUUCAGGUAGAAUUGUUGUCAGUGAAGAUGUUCAGUUCGAUGAAUUUUCAUUUCCCUUUAAAAAUAUGACUACAGUUCCUCGUGGUGUUGCUUAG